AUGGCUUUCGUCAACUCAAAAUCCAACCUCCUUCAAGCUCAAAAUCCCCUUUCCGCUCUACUUAUUAAAAUCUUUAACCUUUUCCUCAUUCUACAAUAUCACAAUGUCAUGUCACAACAAUCAGUACCAUUGUCAUCAUCAGAAACCGUUUCUUUCGGUUUCUCUCUUUUCGAGAAAGAAAAUCCAGACAUAGUUUUGCUAGGAGAUGCCUCAGUAUCUGGCAGUGUUCUACGUUUAACCAAAACCGACCAACUUGGAAAACCACUCCCACGGAGUGUUGGAAGAGCAAUGCAUGUCAAACCGGUGCACAUCUGGGACAAAAACAGUGGUGAACUCGCAGACUUCAGCACUGGUUUCAGCUUUGUCGUGAACACAAAUGGUUCAAAACUUCAUGGUGAUGGGUUUGCUUUCUUUAUUGCACCGGUUGACCUUGACUUACCCAAAAACUCAUGUGGUGGAUAUCUUGGACUUUUCAGCCAAGAAACUGCAUUGGACCCCACCAAAAACCAAGUCGUGGCUAUUGAAUUUGAUAGUUAUACAAAUGCGUGGGACCCCAAUCCACCGAUGCAGUCUCCUCAUAUAGGAAUUGAUGUUGACUCCGUUAAGUCAGUGACAACUGUGGCAUGGCCAAUUGAUUUUAUACCAGACAACGGUGUAGCACAUGCGAGCAUAAACUACAACUCAGAGUCCAAAAGAUUAAGUGUGUUUAUGUCCUACACUGGAAGCAACAGGAAUGCUACUGUUUCAUAUGACAUUGAUUUGAGGACUGUUUUGCCAGAAUGGGUCAGAGUUGGUUUCUCUGCCGCCACGGGUGAGUUGGUUGAAACACAUGACACGACGUUUCGAAGCAGCCUUGUAGAUCCACCUACCCUUAAGAGUGGGAGGAGAUCUCUUUUAAUAAUAACACGACGUUUAAUUUCACUAUUGAGAAUUGUCAAAAAGUUGAUUGUAUGA